AUGAAGAAGGGUACCCUUUUUGGUUUCAUUCUUUCCAUUUUUGUUAUUUUAACAACGCUCUGCUAUUUUAUCUACAUCAUACAGCAAUAUGCAACAAACUAAAUAGAACCUAACUUUAGAUCUUAAAGUUUCAUCAAUGAUGGUGAAAUCGACAUACCUUUGAAUAGUGACCUAGUUGCUUUUAAGUUCGAUUAUGGUGACAACACUGACCUUUACAAGGCUAAUUCAAAAAACAAAACAUACUUGGUUUAUUAUGCUUUCUUUUACUACUAAAAAUUAGACAAGUAUGACAAUAUAAGACUACCUGUUUUUGAAUGCACCAACCCUAAACUCUUAGGGUUUUACUGCCUAGAUCUAUCUGUAAUUACUAACACAACGCUUGUUCUGAAUACCUAAGAAAACAUUCUUUCCUAAAUAUAGCUCUAUACCUAUGGAUGUUUAGAUGUUGAUGAUUUAAAAAAGACGGUUCCUAAUAAUUGUGCAACCUAAUAAGAGAUAGACCAUAUGGUCAAUGGUAUUAAUGCUGCUUUCAAGCUUAAGCUGCUAACAUCUUAGUAUAACACAUAAACAUAAUAAAACGAAAACAAUUACAGGAACGUUUUGAUCUAUACAGUUGCUAACUAGUAAAUAGUUACAUAAAUUAAAGCUCAAAAGUAAGUUACCUCUGUGAAAUAAGGGUUAAUUGUCUAGACUCAAUCUUAAUACUCUUCUCCUAUCUCUUACACUCAAUCAGAUUAACCUAUUGAUAGAACAUAUGCUGCGAACUAUAUUGGAAUCGCUAGUUACAACUGUCUAGUCAUGUAUAUGGAUGAAAUUGUCCAACAAAUUUAAAUUUAAUAUCCAUCUCUACCUUAAGUAUUCUCAUUCAUUAAUAGUAUAUUUACUUUUUUGAUGCUUUUAGGUAUUUUAGGAAGAGCUGUGUCUCAAUUUUCAAUUAAGAAGGAUUUUUUUAUGCUAUUCUUAAAAAAUCAAUACCAAGACACUUAUUUGCAGAUUAUGAAGGAAAAUUAACUUUAAAAUACAGAAAAAUAGAAAGGUGAGGAUAAAUAUGCAGAGAAGAAUGAGUAGAUAAAUACUUAUUAUCUAUAAUAGCAAAAGUAAACCUAAACAUUAGGAACAUAAGCAAUGGAUGGAAAAGGAGAAGAAGAUGAAGAAGCUAAGAGAUUAGAUAAUAAUAAACCAGCAAGAAAAAUUACUGUACCUGCUUUUAGUAGUAAACAAAAGUAAUCUUUAGAUUUAGAGGCUGUUUCCCCAUUCAAUAGUAAUAAAAUUGACAAAAAUAACGAAUAACCCGAAGGCUUGGAAGCUAUUGCAGCAUAAUUAAACGAAUUAUCAAAUAAAAUACAGCAUGAUUGCUCAAAUAAUGAAAAUUAAAAUGACAAAAAUAAUUUUAGUAAUGUUUUAUGUAAACAAAAUUCGUAGAUUAGUAAGUUUUAUUAAGUCUAAGACUCAGUGAUUUAGGAAUGCCAGCAAGGUCAGGGAGAAUUGCUAAACAGUUAAUUUACAGAAGAAAACUAUCAGUUUUCUCCAUACAAAUCGAGCUUAUUGUAAUCCCAAUUUAAAAAAUAGAGUUCCUUAGUCAGCCCCUCAAAUUAUCAAUCAAAACUAUAAGAACAAAUCAAAAAAAGUGUCAGCGUAAACACAUAAAUAGUCAAAAGUAUUGAGGAAAAGAUGAAAAAUAUGAAAAACAUCCAAAAUAAAAAUUUAUCUGAUAAACUAGUUGAUUUUAUUUUUAAAAUGAGAGUUUUCAAAAAGAAGAAAGAGCUGGUUGGAGGACUCAAAUAAAGCUAGCUCCAACAAAUCGAGUCUUAAAUAAAUAAAGAAUUGGAUAUCUUGAACUUCGUCAAAGAUAUUAUGUUUUUGAAAAAAGCAAUCAUGCUAGUCUUUGACCCUGAUCAGCUAGCAGCGCUAUAACUUAUAGGCUGUUCGCAGCAUUUUUUAGACUAGUAAUUGGUUGAUUUCGAAUCAGAUCCUAACUAGUUUGAAAAUGACAUUACACUGAGUUUCUAUGAAAAGCAAUUCGUAGUUUCGCAAUCAGAGAAGUUAUAACAACAUUACAUGAAGAGAUUCUUAGAUAAAUGUACGAAUAAAAGUAAUUUUAACGAAUUGGAUGAAAGAAUUUUAGCUUCACUUAAAAACUGA